CAAAUGAACGAUACACGGCAUCGUGUACGGGCUAUAGAAAUCGCAGUUUGCGCAAGAAGAGUGCAGAGAAAAUGUAUACUGUCUCCAAAGGGCCAAGUAAAAUCGUUGCUAAAACGAGGCGAGGACUUUCACACUCACAAAACAUAGAAAGGCUGGAAACACUGAGGGACCAGACGAAAAAGCCCUUGGACUCCGAUCAGGGUCAAGUUAUGAAUGUGCCGAAACCCGUGUUCCACAGUGUGAAUGGAAAACGAUCCAAUAGUCAGAGAACGCAGCAAGAAGUUAUUAGUCCACAACACGCCGAGCUGAUAAACUUCGUUUGUGAAUCUUGGCAUAGGAUAUGCAAAGAAUAUGAGCAAGAACCAUCAGAACAUGAUCGAGGUUCUAAUCAUUGUAUAGUCUAUUACAAUGAUGGUGAACGAAGUCCAGUUUUACAGGAUUUUAAACCAUUUGACCUCGAAUCUUGGUGGGGUAAACGAUUGUUCAAUAACAUCACAAAAUCUAUAUAAACAGUCUUUUCCAUGAGUAAGCAAAAUGGAUCGCAACAACACUGCUCAGACUACUUUGUGCACUGUGCAGUUGAUGUUGAUAUUACAGCAGGCAGUAGGCUCACAUCUAGAUGAUUGAGAAGUGAUAUCUCCUUCAUGAAUUUGGCAGCUGGUAGUGUGUGGAAAAUUUGUAGUGGCUCUUACCAGUAGCACACAGUGCCAUAGCCGAGCAGACAAAAAACAAAACUACAUGACUUGCCAAUCAUCACUGCAGUUCAGCUAUGAAACAUUCAUUAACUAUGACUGAUAUCUCUGUGUGGUGUAAGUGUAAGACUAAUAACAAAUAUUUCAUUUGUGUGAUUCCUGUGUGAACUAGUGCAAGAACGACAUUUAUCUCAUUCAAUCCAUAAAGGUUCUUUAUACAGAAAGUGACAUUGGACACAUACAGCUACCCUGAAGAAAUUAAAUGUAAGGAUGAAUCAACAGUGAAAUACAUUCACAGUAUUUUUAAUCCACCGAGUCAUGUUGUUUCGUUUGUGCUCCAGCUUCUGGUGCUGCAGUGACUUGUGACGUGGUGAGAUAGUGAUGAGAGUGAGAAUAUAGACUAGUCCUUGUAGCAGCCAAAGAAAGCAAGAAGUUUCCACCUUAAAUUUUUAAAAAAUAGUAUGUAUGCCACUAGUGCUGCAGGUGAGGAACAUUGUAGUUACUUCAGUUUUAUAAUGGACAACGUGUAAAAUUGAAGUAAUUCUGUGUUCAUCAGACCAACAGAUGCCUUUGCAAUACUAUUUAUUUGCAUCUUGCAAUCAAUGUGCACCAAGAUAUGUAUAUAUUUUAAUAAUGAUGCAGGAAGUUAAUAGUAAUGUUGUUAUAAUAUGAAGUCCCUUGUAAUGCCAAAUGAGUUUGGCAUGAACCAUUGGUUAAACAUUUCUGAGUUUUCUAUAGUAGUGACAUAUUGUAUUGAUGAUGAAUUGCAACCCUUAAAGCAUUUAAAAUGUUAAUGAGAGUUAUUUUUUGAUCUUUACUGCAUUUGAAAACUCUUUGCUCAUAGCUGUUGUUUGUUGCUUGUUUGAUGAAAAAGAGGAAAUUAUACUUUGAAAAAUUUUAGAUGAUGAACUUGUCUCUGAUUGAUGGCAGUAACAUUGUUACUUUUCAUACACCACUGCCUUAAAUGUUGUGAAUUAUAAGUUUUUUUUAUAAAUCUAUAUUUUUCCUGUAUUUGUUGAUUUUUAUAUGAGGAAUUUAUCAAAUGUUCACAGAUUUAUAUAUGUUUAUACUUCAUAAUUGUACAAUAAUUAUGACAUAUAAUAUAGUCAGUCAUUUAUUACAGAAACACUUUAAAAUUUUGAAUGUUAAGUGUAUGUAAUUUUGCAGAUGUGAUCUGAAAUUGUUAAUGCACCAAUCAUAUAAGAUUGAAAUAUGUUCCAGUGAAAAUUUUAAUCAAUUUGUAUACAAUAUUUUAGAGAGUUUAUGAUUAUUACUGUGUGUUCCACAGCAUCCUCCGAAAUGAGUUGUAGAGCUAUUUCAAAUGUACUUGAAAUAAGUCAAAACAUACCAUAUGUAUAGCUUCUGCCUGAUGGUCGAUUCUGUAACUUAAAUUUUUGUUUCACAUUUUUGAAAACUCUUUGAGAUAGCUAGUAGGGACUGAACUUAAUUAAUAUAUAUA